GCUCUCGCCGCAGGGCGGAAGUGCUGGCGGCCGGUGGCGGAAGCGGAAGCGGGGCACUUCCGGGGCGAUGGCGGCCGGCGGCAGCCUGAGCCGCUCGGAGCGGAAGGCGGCGGCGCGCGCGGAGCUGCUUCAGCAGGAGGAGCAGCUGGACCGGCGGAGGCAGGUGUCCCGCAUCUGGCGGAAGCCGCCGGCGGAGCGGAGCCCCGAGGAGUGCCAGGUGCUGAGCGAGAGCGACGACGUCGUCCGCGAGCUGGAGCGGCGCCGCAAGCGGCGGGAGCGCCUGCGCCGGCGGCAGGAGGAGGUGUGCGACGAACCAGAGGAGUUAAAGAGAAAGGCUACUGAGCUGGCUGCCGCUGUCCGGAGUGCCAAGCACCUUGUUAUCUACACAGGAGCAGGGAUCAGUACGGCAGCUUCAAUCCCAGACUACAGAGGCCCUAAUGGCAUAUGGACAUUACUGCAGAAGGGCAGGAGCAUCAGGACUACAGAUCUGAGUGAGGCAGAGCCCACACUCACCCAUAUGAGCAUUGCCUGCCUACACAAGCACAAUCUGGUGCAGCAUGUGGUGUCUCAAAACUGUGAUGGGCUGCACUUGCGGAGUGGGUUACCCCGAACAGCAAUAUCUGAGCUCCAUGGAAACAUGUAUAUAGAGGUCUGCACUUCCUGUACACCCAACAGAGAGUAUGUGCGAGUAUUUGAUGUGACAGAACGCACAGCCCUGCACAGGCAUCAUACUGGCAGGAUGUGCCACAAGUGUGGGGCACAGUUGAGAGACACAAUCGUCCACUUUGGGGAGAAGGGGACGUUGAGACAGCCCCUGAACUGGGAAGCAGCAACAGAAGCUGCAAGCAAAGCAGAUGUGAUUCUUUGUCUGGGUUCCAGCUUAAAGACAACUAUAAACUCUGGUGUCAGGAUUCGCCCACCAACUGUGAUAGUCUCUCUUCCUCCCUCUUUCCCCUCCUGGUUUUGAAAAAAUAUCCACGCCUUUGGUGCAUGAGCAAGCCACCAACUCGUCGUCCAAAAUUAUAUAUUGUGAACCUCCAGUGGACCCCGAAGGACGACC